AUGCUCGCCGUAACGCACCCACAGUCACCAUCCAACCAGCUAGCGGAUAAGGACGGGUCUCUGGAGUCGAUCCUGCGGCAAGUCGAGCAGGACAAGGAGGACGCAGACGCAAGGAUGUAUGUCGUGCGAGCAGCUGGUAGAAUUGUUCGAGCCGACGUGGAGAGUGAGCUUGCCCUUAAGAACACCCCCGGGACACGCGACAAGCAUCGCUACGCCGAUGAGUUGGCCAUGAAAGUGAAGCCCCCAAGGGAUCCUCUACUAUCCACGGUUCCUCCGGCCUUAGUUGGAUUGUACCAAAGCAUGACGGAUAUGGCCCUGUAUCGCGAGACCGGCGGCACCCUAUCACCUCGGGCGGCGCGGAGGGCGAGGAUGGUGAAGGAGAAAAGAGGAACGAGGCCAGUGGGCAAAGUCAAAGGGUCGAAUGGACGACUGGUCGUUGGAAAGAGCCGGGGAUCUCUUACGGUGGAGGACGUCAUGAUGGGGCCGGAGCCGGACCGGGAGGACGGAGCACGGCGGUAUAACGGGUUUUUGGCGGAACUCUAUCGCAGCGUGGUUGCUGAGGCGCGGGACUCGGAAAGAUUUGCGCCAGACACAUGCAUGGAGUCUGAGCUCCGCAAGCAACUGCGAUACGCGCCUAUCCAGAAGGUUUCCACCAAGAGCUUCAGCGAUAUGAAGGCACCCAUUCAGCGCAUACUUGGUAUCUGGCGUCGGGCCCCAGCCGGUAAGGACGGUGCACCAUUCAUACUCGGUGGGGACGAGGAGACAUACAAGCACAUGUACCACGUCAUGGCACAGGAGCCGCGCGAGUACCGACAACAUCAUAUUGGGGACAGGCCAGUGGGAGAUGACGAGGUAGUCCACGGGGUGAUUCGGUGGAUUGAGGCACGGGCGGAAGCUCACAAGACUUUCGCCGUGUGGAAGCAGUUCCUCCUCCACGACUACCCUGCGUACAUCGCCUUCCGAACUGCCCUGCGUACGGGGAACUUCAGGCUGAGGCUUGAUGCCCUUCACCGUAUUGCCCCCAUCUUUUACAGCACCGGCAAAGACGAGUACCAGUUCCUCGUGGUAGACCACCUGACGGAGGUGUCCCGUUAUUCGCGCAAUGAAAUGAGGGUCGUAUCCGAGCUUUUCUCCGUCUCACUCGGCCCUGAUACGUGUGCGCAAAUCGGCGUGGACGAGAGGCAGGAGGUGGCCAAUCGUCUCCACAAGACGUUGACGAAAAGGAUUCUUUCGAGCAUGAUAGAGAAGCUGGCACCGAUUGCCCAGCUGCGCGAAGUCGCCAUCGUCCACUUCGAAUCGCAUUUCAUCGAAAAACCACGCACGGAAAGGGACUGUUGCAGAGAGUUGUCGGUGAAACGUGCGCCAGUAGUCAGGGCGGCGAUCGACUGCUUGAGGGAGAGCCCGGCAUUCAAAGGCGAUGUUGGUAAAGACAAGGUCGUGGUGUAG